AUGGUGGAAAUGGUUAAUGAAUUUGAUCCAAUAAUGCACAUUUGGCGGGCUAAAGCAAGAGAGAUUCAAUAUACGUAUCUUGGUAAAAAAAUCCAAAAUGAGUUGAUACAAUUGUUGGCUAAUGAAGUAGAUGACAUAACAAGACUUGGACUUGCAACUGAGCUUCAAAAGGCUUUGAUCAAACUCGAUCUGGAUAUUGAUAAAAUUAGAGGGCAAGUGUAUGACGACGGAUCUAACAUGAGCGGGAAGCACAAAGAUGUGCAAAGAAGAAUAAGAGAUGCAUUACUUGAUUUGGCAGAAAGUAACAAAGAUCCCAAAGUGAAAAGUGAAGUCGAGUCGUUAGCAAUACAUGAACUUCAGAAUAUUGAGUUCUUGCUUGGCAUUGUAAUCUGGUAUAGGUUGUUGCAUGCUAUCAAUAAUAGGAUAAGGGGUGCAACUUUUUCAAAUUUGUUGAACUCUUGUAUGAAUCUUGAUAAAUAUCUUGAACAUGAUGGGUGUUUGAACAUCAAUGGAGAUGAUUUAUGUUCGAAGUUACAAGUCUUGAGGUGUUAUUUACAAAGUGAAGCAACAAGAGCAAUUGAAGUGCUACAAUAUUUGAAGAGAUUGAAUGUUUAUUUCUCAAAUGCUUAUAUUGCUUACAAAAUUUUGUUAAUCAUACCGGUUACAGUUACAUCUAUAGAAAAAGGUUUCUCGAAAUUGAAGUUGAUCAAGACAUAUCUCCGAUCAACUAUGUCACAAGAAAGAUUAAACGGGUUGACUAUGUUAUCAAUAGAGAAAGAAAUGGUUAAGCAGCUAAAUUAUUCAGAUUUGAUUGAUAUUUUUGCCUCUAUAAUAGCGAGGUGA